CAAAAAGGAACCCUAAAAAAAGAGUGCCAAAGAAAAUCCUCUGUUUCCCGCGUCCGAUAGAGGCAGGCCUGCGUUGGAAUUGAGUUUUUGCAAUUGCGGAGAUGGCAGAAGUAGAAACGGUAGAAAUAUCUGAGUCGGAGGACGAGUUGUUUGUGGACGCGGAGGAGUGGCAGUGGGAUAGUGCUGCUUUGGAGGAUCAUCUGCGGGGGUUGGGUGUGAGGCCUCGAAGGGAGUGGCUGCAGCACUGCCUCAAUUCCAUCGCCAAUCCCAACAUGACCGUCGCCCAACAGGCGGAACACUGUCUCUCCCACUUCUUGUUUGCGGAUUUUAACACGGCAGGGGAUGCCAUCCUCCCCCCCAAUAUUCACACAUUGCAUGCCACCGACAUCCCGGGCCCCUUUCUUUUGCAGGUUGAUGAAAUUGUUAAUUUGAGUUCCCCUCUCCGGGAGAGGUAUAAAGAAGCUCCUGCUGGAUUGAAAAGAUGCCUCAAAUUGUCCAUGACAGAUGGGAUUCAACGUGUUUUUGGUAUUGAAUACAGGCCAAUCAAAGAUCUCAAGGUUCUUUUGCCAGCAGGAGUGAAGAUUGCUAUUCGGAAUGUGCACGUUCGACGUGGGCUUCUCAUGCUUGUUCCAGAAGUAGUUGAUGUUCUUGGUGGGUUUGUGGAGCAUCUGGAAGCAGCUCGUGAACGGCUUGUCCAAGAAGUGAACAAGCCACCACGAGGAAGACGAAAUAGAAGAGAUGAAGAAAUUUUAAGUUUAGCUUCCAGAGCACUUGCUGCUGCUUGGCCACCUGAAUGUUCAAAUAAUAUACCAGCGAGUAAUGAUGCAGUGCCAAUAGCGCCUACAUUGGCUCAGUUAUCUUCUCCAGAAGUUACAGUGAUUGAUACAGGUGGGGAAACUCAUCAAAGAACCCCUAUUGAAAUACUACCUACUUCAAGAAGCAUGCUGAAUCAUCAACCUAAUGAAGCUGCAGACAUAUCCAUGGAUCUGGACAGGCUUGAUUUAGUUGAUGAAGAAAUCUACAAUCAAUUACUGGAAAGUGAAGAGAAUAAAACCCCUUUUACGUAUUUGGCUUGUUUGAAGGCAAGAAAACAAUUGGAAUCUGUUGUCCAGGGAAGGAUCAAGUGCAUUUUGACCGGGGUAAAGGAAUUUCAGUUUAAGGAACGUGAUAAAUUUGAGCUUUUUGUUUACGUUGAUGAUGGAAGCCUUAUUUCAGAGGUUCUAAUUGACCAUCAGGUAGUGAAAAAUAUAAUUGGGCACUCACCAAGAGAGGUCACUGCAUUGCUGACAAGUGGUGAUCGGCAACGUGUGGAAGCUAUAAAGGAGACCAUGAAGAGUUUCCAAGUUCUUUUGAGAAAAUUUGAGGGGCGAAUGCUUGUAGAAAUAAAUAAUGAAUCUGCUGUCCCCAUUGUCAUUGAAAUGAAAGAAGGAUGCGACGAUACUUGGCCUUGGCUCUUGUUUCGCAGGUGCAAGUGCAAGCACUACAUGUCUCAAUAAAUCAUUUCAGUCUGCAGAAUAAUAUGUAUGAUGUACUGGUCAUGGAACGGUUUCAAACCUCUUCAAGCAAUUUUAUGGCUUACUCCCCAAACAUGGCUCUGGUAUUCAACAGUCACUUCUGGCUACAAAAAUGUCUACUCAGCCAUUGUAAUAUUGACGUCUUUUUACAUUUAAUUUAUCUAAUGUAUAUAUUAACAAUUUUGGUCAUGGUGGUACUUUGUGAUAUAUGUGAAAGGAAACAAGGCAUAUAAUCUUUUUCAAUCGAUCCCUUACGACAUACUUGUAGUCAUUAAUGCUAAAGGCAAAAUACUAUUUGUAGUGAUUAGUCUUCCAGAUAGAUCUUUCCUGGAAAUCAUUUGGAGUUGACAAAUGUAACACGUGAUAUGUACUAGUAGGAGUCAAAAUGAUAAAGGAGAGAAGUUGACAUAUUUAUCUA